CUCUGCUCUCUCACCUCAUUCUUCCCCAAUUUCCUUAUCUCUCUCAUGUCUCCAAAAUCAAAUCCCUAAUUUCUCAAUCCCUUUCUACCACUCUCUCGUUCUGCCACCACCACACUCAAGUCGGCAUCGCCAGGUUUCCGUUGAAACCUGCAAGCGCCCUUUCUCUCCUCUAUUACAGUGUUCUCACGCUCUCCGGCAGCCAGCGCCAUCGUUCCUUUUCAAUCACCAACGAGAGCUCACGGAGGCAGGACUGCUCGCUGCUUAUUAAUGAUGCUAUCUCAUCAUUUUCAUCAUACAGCUGCAGCCCCAUGCAAAUGACCAUGCACCUCACCUCAUCUACACUCAAGCUCGGCUAUAGAUUGUGAAGAGAAGUUAGAAGUUAGUUAGUUAGUUAGUGACAACUGGAAGUUUAGUUAGUUAGUUAUGUUUGUUGGUUAGCUCUCUAUGCACCGAAUGUAAGGUGUGAUGUACACUUUGGAAUUCAUUGAAUAAAGUUUUCAUCAUUCUCUCAAAUAUCAUUUCUCUUCAUCUUCUAUAUCUCUCUUAUGUUCAUGAAGUUAAUCUUCAUGAGUUUAUUAUGGUAUCAGUGACAAAAUGCUUCCGCCUCCUUGAUCUGCUCUAGAUCAUCUUCAAAUACUUCGAUCUCUUUCUCUGAUCUACUCAAAUUUCCUUCUCCAAGCUUCGUCAUAUCCAGAUCUCACCUUCUGAUCUCCCUCAUCUCCUCACUAUUACAAUGAAUAAUCGCAAUCGAGUUGCUCAGCUACCUAAAGAGGACACAUCUAGUCCAUACUUUCUUCAUCCGAGCGAUAAUCCAGGAAUCACACUUGUUCCACAACAACUUACAGGAUCCAAUUAUGCAGCUUGGAGCAGAUCAUUCAGCACUGCUCUCCUUGCCAAAAAUAAGCUUGUAUUUGUUGAUGGAUCCAUUCUCCGGCCAGCUCGUGAUGAUCUCCUUUAUCAGCCAUGGAUUCGUUGCAAUAGCAUGGUGAUUUCAUGGCUCCUCAACUCUGUCUCUUCACAAAUAUGCUCGAGCAUCAUCUACCUCGAUGAUGCUUAUGCGAUCUGGUUUGAUCUGAAAGAGCGUUUCUCCACUGCUGAUUCUGCUCGGAUUUAUCAACUUCGACAGCAACUCAUGGAUCUCUCUCAAGGAUCUUCUGAUGUUAACACAUACUUCACCAAUCUCUGUAUACUUUGGGAUGAAUACAAAAACACUCAGCCUACUUCCUGGUGCACAUGUGCUAGAUGCACUUGUGACAGUGCUUCCAAAUGGAAUCAACAUCAAGAGAAUGAGUGCACUAUGCAAUUUCUCAUCGGCUUGAAUGCAUCUUUUUCUCAACUUAGAUCUCAUAUUCUCUCAAUGAUUCCUCUACCUUCUCUAUCUAAGGUCUUCUCAUUGGUGAUUCAGGAAGAGAGACAGAGAUCAAUUGAUGGAAAUAACACAUCUUCUGCCCCUGCUCGAGCUCCAGUCACAAGUGAAUUGCCCUUUGCUAAUGCAGCAUCCUCUUUUGGUAGAGGCUAUAACAAAUUUCUAUGCUCUCAUUAUGGAAGAACUAACCAUCCGGUUGAAAAGUGUUUCAUCCUUCAUGGUUUUCCACCUGGAUUUGGUAGAGGAUAUGGAAAGUAUCCACAAGCAUCUGGCUUUGCAAAACCUUCACAGUCUUCUGGUUUUGCUGGAAAUCACAACUCUCAUCAGCAACGGUCUGUUAACUUUGUUGAAGACACUGCUAAUCUACCAAGUUUUGAUCAAUAUCAACAGCUCAUCAGCCUCUUGCAGAGCCAUAAACUCCAAAAUUCCUCUCCUCCAGCCACUACUCCAGUCAAUGAUCUCCCUGCUCAACCAUCAACUCAUGCCUCAAACAAUUUCUCUGGUGGUUCGCACGGCCGCUAAAGACGGAACGAGAAGUUUUUAAGGAAAUUCUAAGCUUUUGAGGCCUAGUGGCUGCCCCUUUUGGAGUUUUGGUGGAGGUGGAAAUCGAGAAAGAUAAAGGAAGAGAAGAGAAGGGAUUUACUACAUCACUCACUUUGUCUCAUUGCUAAGUUUAGCAAUUUUUUAAGCAUUAGGUUGGGAAUAGCUCUUAACCAAGUCUUAAUUAAGCCUCUAGCUUGAU